UAAAUUUAAGGAACAAAAUCAGUAUUUAUUCAGAAUUUCAGGGAAAUUCAGGUGAGUUCUUUAGAUUUCAGAAUUUCUCGUGAUAUUUUUCUAAUUUUUUGGUUUUUUGUCAUUUUAGCGAGGAAAUUUUCACUUUCUAUUCCGUACCUACACGAAUACACGACGAAGCACAAGAAAAAAAGACGAGAUUUAAACAUAUUCAAACAUAUGGACAUGCACUUCCUGUGUACUUCACAAUCAUCAUCGUAAGCGACACACAAUGAAUUUCGAGACACUGAGUUUGGGCGCUGGCAUAAGUGCCAUGGAUCGGAUAAUUUGCAUUCUCGAGCGCGGAACGCUAAUAAACAAAUUCUUUUCACGCAAAAAGCCCGAAAACAAAUUUUUGAUUUUGCGACGUGAAACGAGGCAAUUGCUGUGGUCGAGUGUGAGUCAAGACAAUCGUUCGAAUCACGAGGGAUGCAUGGAGCUGCGAGAAAUUCGGGAGAUUCGUGCGGGAAAGCAAAGCAAGGAAUUUGACAAAUGGCCCGACGAAGCGAGACGAGUCGAUGUGAAAUGUUGCUUCGUGGUGUAUUACGGGAGCGAAUUUAAGCUGAAGAGUUUUUCGGUUGCGGCGAUGACGGAGAAGGAAUGCGAUUUGUGGUUGAAGGGAUUGAAGCAUUUGACAGCAGAUACGAUCAAUUCGCCGUAUCCGCUGCAAAUUGAGCGAUGGUUGCGGAAGGAAUUUUAUGCUUUGGAAAAUUCGAAAGACACAGUGACAUUGAAGAACGUAAAAGCCUUUCUCUCAAAGGUAAAUUGCAAAAUUAACACCGUCAAAUUGAACGAGCUGUUUCAGGAGGUAGAUAAGCGUCACCGUAAUGAAUUAAGUUUUGAUGACUUUGCAAAAUUAUAUCAAAUUAUCAUGUUACCAUCAACUCUCAUUAACGACACAUUCGGCGAACUUGUGCAGAAAUAUUCGAAAAAUCGUGAAAUUGUGACGUUACAGGAAUUUCAACGAUUUCUCUUGGAUGAACAAGCGGAUCCCAUGGCAAAAAAUCCGUCGGUUGUUGCAAAUUUCAUCAAAGAAUACGUUCAGGAUGUGCAACGCGACAUCGCCGAGCCCUAUUUAAGCGUACAGGAAUUCAUUGACUUUCUCUAUUCUAGUCAAAACCAAAUAUGGAAUAAGAAUAAAUCGAAAAUUUAUCAGGAUAUGACGCGCCCGCUCUCUCACUACUGGAUCGCAUCGUCGCACAACACUUAUUUGACGGGCGAUCAAUUCUCCAGCGAAUCUUCGACGGAAGCGUAUGUUCGUGCCUUGCGUUUGGGCUGUCGUUGCAUCGAACUUGACUGUUGGGAUGGACCUGACAACAUGCCGCUCAUCUUUCAUGGACAUACGUUCACGACAAAGAUCAAAUUUCGCGAUGUGAUUCAAACGAUCAAAGAACACGCCUUCGAUGUCUCCGAAUAUCCCGUAAUUUUGUCAAUUGAACAAAACUGCUCGUUGGCACAACAACGAAAAAUGGCACAAGCGAUGCAAGAUGUCUUCGGCGAUAUGCUGUUGACGCAACAAAUCGAGAAAAAUGAGACGCAACUUCCAUCGCCGUACCAGCUGCGACGAAAAAUCAUUUUGAAACACAAAAAAUUGCCCGAGGGAUGUCGAAAUGGCGCCUUGACAGAUGAUAAUAGUGCAGGAACUAUUGAUCGGAGUACUUUGGUGAGACAGGAAGACAACGAAUUAGACAUCCGUAAUACGAUAAAGAAUGGAAUUUUGCAUUUGGAAGAUCCCGUUGACAAAGUUUGGAAUCCGCACUUUUUUGUCUUGACGCAACAGAAACUUUUUUACACGGAAAGUCACAAAGCUGAAUGUGAAGAAUUGCGGGAUGAUGAUCAAGAUACGGAUUCCAUGAAGGAAAAUGCAACGCACGAAGAACUGCAUUUCGGGGAAAAUUGGUUCCAUGGCAAACUGAAAGGAGGAAGAGAAGAAGCUGAAAGGUUAUUACAGGAAUAUGCACAUUUGGGCGACGGAACAUUUCUCGUACGCGAAUCCGUAACCUUCAUCGGGGACUAUUGCUUGUCCUUUUUGCGACAUGGUCGUCCAAAUCAUUGUCGAAUCAAGCUGAAACACGACAACGGAGCGACAAAAUAUUAUCUCAUCGAGAACGUGAUGUUCGACAGUUUGUACAGUCUCAUUAUGCAUUAUCGGAAAAACGUUUUGCGCAGCUUCGAGUUCACCAUAAGUCUCAAAGAGCCCGUUCCGCAGCCGAAAAAUCACGAGAACAAGGAAUGGUAUCAUCCGACAACGACACGCGAACAAUCCGAACUGAUGUUGCAACAAAUUCCGCAGGAUGGAGCCUUUUUAGUGAGACCCAGCGACAAUCGCCCGAAUUCUUUCGUGAUUUCCUUCAAAGCGUAUCAACGGGUGAAACAUUGCAGUAUUCGUGUCGAAGGCAGAUUAUAUCUCGUGAGCGGCAUGGAGUUUGAAAGUUUAAUUGAUCUGAUUACUUUUUACCUGAAACAUCCGCUGUACAAAAAAGUCAAGUUGCAAUACCCGGUUUCGAAGGACAUGUUGAAGCGCAUUAACAGCAUCAUGCCACGCGGCGGCGUCGUCGAGAGCGAUUACAAUCAUUCGAGUUACAUGGAUCCGACGGCGACGCAAUCUCGGGUCACGGUAAAAGCUUUGUACGAUUACAAGGCGCAGCAAGAUGACGAGCUGUCGUUCUGUAAACACGCAAUUAUCACAAAUGUCGACAAAAAAGGCGCUUCAAUGUGGUGGUCUGGCGAUUAUGGAGGCAAAAAACAGCAUUAUUUCCCCGCGAAUUACGUCGUUGAGAUUUGCAAUCCGGAUCUCGAGAAUGACGAAAACUCGAGUGAAUGUCUCAUGUUGGGCAGUUUACAAAAAGGAUCCUUGGAUUUGCGAGGCGCCGUAGUUGAUAUCGUUGCGGGACAAAUUCCGGGACAGCUAAAUGGACAUGAUUGGUUCCUCCGGAUACAAAAUCCCUUUAUGCAAAACGCUUUCGAGAUUGGCAUGAGUAGCAGAGAAGAAGCAAUUGAAUGGAUGAAAGCCGUUAAGCAGGCGGCGCAAACAGCAAGUGUGUUGGAGGAUGAGAGGAAGAAGAUGGAAAGACAUUCGAGAGUUGCGAAAGAAAUUUCUGACUUGAUUAUUUAUUGUCGCAGUGUUCCGUUUCACACUUCCGAUUGGGUUUUCUAUGAAAUGUCGAGUUUUCCGGAGCAAAAGGCGGAAAAAUUAUUUUUAUUGCAGGAUUCGCAGCUGUUUUUACGAUAUCAUCGUAACCAAAUUAGUCGCGUGUAUCCCAAAGGACAAAGGCUUGACUCGUCGAAUUUUAAUCCUGUUCCGUUUUGGAAUGCUGGCGCGCAAAUGUGUGCCCUCAACUAUCAAACGCCCGACAAACCGAUGCAAAUAAAUCAAGGAAAGUUCAUGGACAACGGCGGUUGUGGUUACAUCUUGAAGCCAGAAUUCCUCUUCAAGGAAGAUUUUGAUCCGAACGACACUUGCACACUGCGCUGCGAGGCAAAAAUGAUCGAAAUUCGGAUAAUUGGUGCUCGACAUUUGUAUCGAUCAGGUCGAAAUAUCACGAGUCCCUUGGUAGAAGUUGAAGUUUUAGGUGCUAUUUACGAUUCAGGCGUCAAAUUAAAAACAAAAGCUAUUGCUGAUAACGGUUUCAAUCCCAUUUGGAACGAAAGUGUCGAAUUUUUCGUUAUAAAUCCCGAAUUUGCCUUAUUACGGUUCGAAGCUCUCGACGAAGAUAUCUUUGGAGAAUCGAAUUUUAUUGGACAAGCAACGUAUCCUAUAAAUUGCCUUCGAACAGGAUACAGAAGUGUUCCAUUAAAGAACAAAUAUAGCGAGGAUUUGGAGUUGGCAACGUUAUUGGUGCAUAUUAACGUUAAACAAAACUAAAAGAAAAUCAUUCCAUCGGUCAAUUUGAUGCAUUUCUAUUCCUCUGACGUGCAUUUAUGGCAUGAAAAACGCACAAAAUACCCAAAAUUCUGAAAAUUUUUUCCUUAAAAAGUGAAUUUUAUGAACUCGAAUGAGAAUUUUCGAGAAAAAUUCUUAAAAUUUUCUUAAAAAAUUUUAUUUUUUCCCUCAGUUUAUUGAAUUUAGAGGAAAAAUUUUAAGAAAAAUCGCACAAAAUAUCAAUUUUGAACCCGAAAUUCUGAAAAUUUCCUUUGAAAAGUGAAUUUCAUCCCAAAUUUUAUGAAUUUUAAGGAAAAUUCUUAAGAAAAAGUUAAAAAUAUCAAUUGUAAAGUCGAAUUUCCUUUAAAAAGCACUUCCAUAUCACACCACAGAGCUUCUACGGACAAGAGACAAUCAAUGUGCCUUCAAUUUUGAUCCUUUACUACUUGAAAUCAGGUGACAGGUGUGCCUAAAAGUAUAAAUUAUAUAGAAAAAUUAUGUGUGUUACUAUAAAAAAAAUAUUAAAUGUUGGAAAAUAUACUA